AUGACGAUGGAUGCGAGACGGAUUGAAAUCGUAUCUCCUGAGAGUGAUGCACAUGCAGUCACCUUUGCGGACGAAAAUCAGGUCAUAGGAGGAUACGCCAACGGUGAAAUUCGGCGAUGGAAGAUUGAAGAUGGACAACAACAGGGUCCAACCAUGGAAGCGGGUGGCCUUAUCGAGUCCAUCGUCGUUUCCCAGGAUGGCCGGUGGAUGGUGUCUGGAGACCGCGGAGGGAAGGCAAUCGUCUGGAAUGCGCCCACUCAUGCAAAAGUGCGCGAGCUCACAGAACACGGGCACAUGGUAAUGGGGGUCGAUAACCCGAGCGACUGUACUAAAUUUGCCUCUGCGGGGCACUACGACGCCCGGAUGUUCAGCAUAACUUCCGGUGAACGACUCCUUCGUCCCCUUCGCCCGCACGGUGGGACCAUUGGUCUCAAGUUCUCCCCAGAUGGCAGUCGGUUGGCUAUCGCCUCGCACUGUUACGGUUUCUGUGUCUACGGCACUCACAACGGCAACAUCUUGUUCGAUUCAGACGGACAGGGCUCAACUGGUGCAUGGCCGGUCACCCCGUUGGCCUGGUCGUCCGAUGGUCAGCGACUGUUCAUUGCGAGCAUAGGUAAAAUCACCUGUCUCGACCUAUCCAAGCUGUCGUCUUCAGAAUGGUCGAUCCAUGAAAACCAAUCUGGGGUAUCUAUAAUCGGUAGUAUUAUCUCACACACUUCACAGGUCAAAUGUGUUGCUCUCUCACCAAGUGGAGGGUAUCUCGCAUGUGGAAAUGGUAGGAACAUCACAAUCCACAUUCUCGGAGAUGUCCUUUCCUUUAAGUAUGUUGACCAUGGUCUUCCGCUCGUAAGAGUGAGUAAUGAGACCCUUGAGUCAUGGAUACAGGACGACCCGGCGAAAACCGAAACUCUGCUCUCAGAGGAGGUCACGAGCUCCUCGAUUCCUAGACACUACGUGCUAGCAAACCGUGCUCUUAUAAGAGCACGUUUGAAACAUUUGGCAUCUGCGAUAGAGGAUGCCGAGGAAUCACUCCAGGUUCAGCCAUCAUCUAUCGGCUACGUCGCCAUGGCGAUUGCUCUACUUGGUCAGGGUGACCGAGAGGGCGCACUGUGCACAUUUGCCCUUGCCUUCUAUGAUUGUGAGCUUCGCGACAACAGAUUUCUCUUACUACUGAAGUUUAUCCUUGUGUUUGAAUCAGGAUAUCAGGACGAGGCGAUUACACGCGUAGAACACCUUGUGACGAGAGCAAACAAGGACGACGAUAACGACGCAACCUACCUUUUCACCCAGGCAAGUGCUUUGCGAUGCACACUUGUCCUUGGAGUUAUGUACAUGAAGGGAGGAAACUACAGGCGUGCCAUACCAUUGAUCGAGCGUGCGAAGAUCUUAGCUCCCAAGGACAAAGAAUGUCCUCUGUUAGUGACGAUCUCCCUCAUAUUUGGGUGGAGUUUCAAUGGACUGAACCUUGCUACCCAGCAACGCUUAUGUGAAAACCUCUAUGCUGAAGAACAUACAGCUGAAGCCGUAGAGAUUCUCCUCAAUAUCAUCAAGUCAUCAGGCAAGGAAAUCCAGGCGAACAAGGCAACUGCAGACUGGGACUUCACCAAAAAGUGCACUGCAACACUUGAGUACUCUACUGCAUUGUCCCUCAGUCCUUCGAGUCCUGUAGGUUUGUUUAUCAAGCGGAGCAGAGCUCGAGCGGCACAAGGGUUAUGGGAGGAUGCACUGCAGGAUGCGAACGAGGCAGUAAAAGUGGACCCCUCCAGCCCUUGGGGCUACGAGGCCAAGCACGUGGCGCUUCAUGGAGCGAAACGGUAUGACGAAGCUAUCGAUGCUUUCAGGUCAAUGUUGCAAGUGAUCGAACAGUCCCAUGACGCAACCAUCAGAGAGCUGCGCAAGAACUACAUUUCUCCAUCCGAGACUAUUGCGGCCAUUGAUACCGUCACUGGCGAGAUCCUUAUGAAUUGCCCACUCGUCGUCAUCGAUGCUGAUCCGUCGUUCAAAGAGCUUGUUUCAUCCAUGACGACAGAAAUGGACAACGAGCGGAUCCUACGAGUGGUCUCCAGUUUUUUUGGAUACGUCAUGUUCUCGCACGUAUGGCAGGGGAACGAGCCGUCGUUCCAGGACGUCAAUAAAGUUGAAUCCAAAUCCGUUUGGAACCUUCCGAAGACGCCCCUGAAUGAGAAGUUGUGCAAUUUCUGCAAGGAGACGCGCAGGCUUGGUUACAAUUGGGCAUGGUCGGAUACGUGUUGCAUCGACAAGUUCACAAGCUCCGUCCUUAAUCAAUCUCUUACAUCUAUGUACAAGUGGUAUGCAGAUUCAGCAGCCACGCUCGUAUUCCUUGCCCACAUACCACAUCCAUCCAAGCCUGGAGACCUUGCGCGCAGUCGAUGGAUGACACGAGCAUGGACUUUGCAAGAGCUUCUCUCGCCGAAAGUGAUCUUUUUCUAUGAUUCCGAAUGGAAACCAUACCUUGGCAAUACUAGCGCCAACCAUAAGGAAUCCUCGGAGAUCAUGCAAGAGCUUGCAGACGCUAUCAAGGUUUCCCGCGGAACAAUUGUUUCGUUCUCCCCAGGCGAUCUUGGGGUACGCGAAAAACUUUGUCUCGCUUCGAUGCGCAAUGCGACGGUCGAGGAAGACGUCGCGUACUCUCUCAUCGGCAUAUUCGAGUCCGAUAUCAGGCCUCACUGCGGAGAGAGAUCAGACGCUCUUGGUCAUCUACUGGAGGAGAUUGUGGCUCGCACCGGCGAGGUCACCGUUCUUGCGUGGUCAGGGAAAUCGUCGUCAUACAACAGUUGUCUUCCGGCUUCCAUUUCCGUCUACAGCCAAACUCCUUACAAAUCCCCGUCACUCGAAGGGGGAGAAAUGGAAACGUGCAUCACGGAAUUGCGUGGCAAGUUGCCCCAGCAAGAAGCCCUGAAAAUCUAUCAUCAAAUCACCUUCCUUCCUCCCGCCCAAGACUUAGUAUACAGCGGCUACGCACAGGUAAUGAGAAGCUAUGCCGUGCCAGGGUAUCCUUCGCUUGGAAACGUGGAGUUUACGACUGCAGAUGAUCUCCCGCUGCACGAGCCACAGAAAUUGGUCUUCGUGCAUCCGUGGAUUGAUCAUAUCCGGGGUCCAAGUAGUGGGGUUACCUGGGAAGAUGACCCGGAGUCUGAUAUCAACUCUGACCCGGGUUCGGAUCGCGGCGCUGGAUUGGAUGGGGUUGCGCCGCCUUCACCGUUACAUGCUGUUCCCAUGCCUCAGGUUGAUGACUAUACCCGGGCACUACAAAUGAUUACUCGCAUUGGACAGCCUUUUAAUGCGUUGCUUCCUGUGCAGCAGUCGAAUGGAACGUACAAGAGAGUCGCAGCCGAGAACGAGAUUGUUGUCCCGGGACUCGGAACCAACAUCCCGUCCUCCAAGUACAUUCAGGCAAAAGUGCUGGAAAUUCUUUGACGUAUGUUCGGGUUCACUACUGGCUUUUAAAGUGUCUGUCUUCCUCUUUUAUUGGUCAUUUCUUUCUGUUUGUAUUUCUCGUGCUGUCCUCGUUGGUUUGCUCGCUACAUGGAGACGGAGAUAGAGCCUCGGGGAGCCUGAGUGUUGGAAAUAACAUAUUAGUUCCGACCAUCUACACCGCCGCUUCGGCAAAGGGUCGACACAGACCUGUGUGAGAAAAUAUUGGAACACCAUUGUUGCGAUGUUGGAUUGAGGUCAACAAACUAGUGUGUAGUCAACGUUACAAUAUCCACGUGUACGUAGUGUAGGAGACCAUAGGUUAAAAUUCCAUACUGUCAACAUAGUUUCAACAUAGACCAGUCUGUAAUAAACUUAGGUUUAAUGUACACUGAAG